AAAAAAAAAACGACAUGUUAUGACUAACUUUCAGUUGCAACGACACAAGUAAUCCACAUCUGAUAUACUUCAAGAGACGGAUGACUCAUGAUAUAUUAUUUCUGUGGCUACCAAACAGGUUCAUUAGUCAAAGAUCAAGAUAGCCGCACAGUCAUUUCUCUAUGGUAGCAAAACAAUGGUAUCACCAGUGGGUUCAAGUCUAUGAAGUACGUUGUAUCGACCCAGCCGGCUGAGCCUCCGCCCUUAUCGAGUAUUAUAUGUACGUGUUCAUGUAAUCCAAUUGACUACAUAUUUGAAGGUGAAACUAGUAUAUUUUAACUACAAAUUAGCCGUUGAAAAGACCUUUUUCGCAUGAAAGGGUUUGCAGAGCGAUUUGUGUCGUUCGGGGGGUCCCCUGGGCUUCAGUGGAUUUACGGCCCUGAGUCUGAGUGGGGGCCCCAAAUGUGUCUAUAUUUAGUAACACACUUUUCUCCAGCCGCAGAGACCAUAAUCAUUGGUGGCAGCCAGUGGCAGGGACCCGAUUUCUUAAUUUAGUAACAUAAUUUAUUCGGUUGUAUGAUUGGGCGGAGAUAAUUUCGCACGCUUAUUUUUAGCAUCGGAAUCACCUUUCUCGGAAAAGACUGUUAUUCAGUGUUCGCUUGAACCCGCGGGAAAAUUGUUUAAAUACGAGUGCUGGUAACAACCUCUGCACUACGACAGCGACAACUUCAGCAAGAAGACUUUUUUUCCUGCACUAUCUGAACAGUUGACUCCUGGAGAAACGACUACCUGCUUUUGCAUCUUCGUCGACACUGUCUGCUAUACGGAUUCCAACAAGCUUUGCUCACAUCGUUGAUACGACCAUUGCAAGAUUUGAGCUUUUCCAGUCUACUAAUUCAGAGUUCGCCAUGACCAAUACACAGUACAUCUACUCAGACAACCCAGAGCCCGUCGUCAUUGACAACGGCUCGGGCAUGUGUAAAGCUGGGUUUGCCGGGGAUGACGCGCCAAGAUGUGUGUUCUCUGCCGUCACUGGACGUCCCAAGUACCAGGCGGUCAUGCCUGGGAUGGGCCACAAGGACUGUUACAUCGGAGACGAAGCCCAGGCCAAGAGAGGAAUCCUGAGUAUGCGUUACCCUGUAGAACACGGGAUUGUCACCAACUGGGACGAUAUGGAGCAGAUCUGGCACCACACUUUCUACAACGAGCUGCGGGUGGCGCCUGAAGAAAGCCCCGUGCUCCUCACAGAAGCGCCACUCAACCCGAAAGCCAACAGAGAGAAGAUGACCCAGAUUAUGUUCGAGACCUUCAACGUCCCCGCGUUUUAUGUAGGAAUCCAGGCUGUGCUGUCUCUGUACGCUUCUGGUCGCACCACUGGUAUGGUGAUGGAUUCAGGGGACGGCGUGACGCAUUUUGUGCCCAUUUACGAGGGCUACGCUCUCCCGCACGCCAUCAAGAGAGUGGAUCUGGCUGGGAGAGAUCUUACAGAAUACUUGGGCCGAAUUCUCAGCGAGAGAGGCUACAGCUAUACCUCCUCGUCCGAGAAGGAGAUCGUCAGAGACAUGAAAGAGAAACUCUGUUACGUGGCUCUGGAUUUCGAGCAGGAAAUGAGUGCGGCUGCAAAAUCGUCUUGUGUGGAAAAAUCAUACGAGCUUCCCGAUGGUGGAGUUGUUACUGUUGGCAACGAGCGUUUCCGUUGUCCUGAAGUUCUCUUCCAGCCGUCUUUCACUGGUCGCGAAUCUGCAGGCGUUCACGAGCUGUUGUAUAACUCGGUCCAGUCUUGUGAUAUCGACAUCCGCAAAGAUUUGCUCCACAAUACAGUUCUGUCAGGGGGAUCAACCAUGUAUCCGGGGCUUGCGGACAGGAUGCAGAAAGAAUUAACGGACUUAGUUCCCCCGUCGAACAAGGUAAAGGUUAUUGCCUCUCCAGAGCGGAAGUACUCUGUAUGGAUCGGCGGAUCUAUCUUGGCGUCUUUGUCUACCUUCCAGCAGAUGUGGAUCUCCAAAGAAGAGUACGACGAGUGUGGCCCUUCCAUUGUCCACCGAAAGUGUUUCUGAGAACUUGGUGGUCAGAAAAUAAAAUAUAUUUACAGAAACUUUAAAUGAUAUUCCAGCAGAUCAAAGGGACCCUAUAUGUAGCAUAAUUUCUCCAAACUGCACACAAUAUCCAUCUGCUGAGUAGAAUAAAAAAAAUGUCAGAAGCUUUAACGGGGUACUCUUAUAAUAUAUAUUGUACAUUAAACAACAGCAGCCAUUGCAAGUUGCUGAAGGGCCCCGUCGAGACAGGAAAAAGGGGAAACUUUUACGACAGCUCAUUAAGUUGGUGUGUCUCUGAAAGAAAAUCAUAGCAACUUACAUAUGCUUGUAAAAACCAAGAACUUUGAACAAUUAAAAGCUCAUAUGAGUGAUACAGUCAAUCUGGCAUGAUAAAAAGAGGUCCAUAUUUGCCCUCUACCCCAAAACGCUGAAGUUGGCCGAGUCUUUGGUCCUCAACAUCUGGCCCACCUGGUCACAACUUUACAGUUACUCUGGUGUUGUUCAUCCUUCUCGUCUUGAGAGGUCGGCUGUUGCUGUGAUGGUUUGUAUCAACGUGUUUUGAAUUUGCAAGAAAGAACAUUACCAUUGAACGACUGUUGUUUGAAAGCAGUUUCCCCUGUGAUGAGAGUGAACGAUGUGUUCGGGACAAGUGAGAGGUUGAUAAUGUGCGAAUCUAAUUGAAAACGUCUUUAUUUUUUAAAAUUUAUAAAUCACAAUAUAUUAUUAUUAGCAUGUUUUUUUCUACAUGUCCAUGUAUUGAUAUUUGAACGUCACAAUGUUCUUCAACAGAUGCCACAAAGAAUUAUUUUCAAUUACCGUGUCAAGUUUUGCUACGAGACUUGUUUAUUUAUGUCAGUUGUUAAACUCAUGCAGGUACAUUGUUUACAUAGUCAUUUUAUUGGUCAUUGCAUGCUGUUUUUGUCAAGGAAAAACGUUGACAAAUAAAUUUUGUUGUUGGUAACAACUGAAUCGUA